CUCAAUUAACUGCGGCUCAAAACAGCUCCAGCCGCAGCCGAGCAAGGUCUCUUCUACCCUACCUAGGGCUAUGAUCCGUGGGCGGGCGCCUAGGACUCGGCCUUCACCGCCGCCUCCGCUGCUGCCUUUGCUCUCCCUGUCGCUGUUGCUGCUGUCCCCAACUGUACGCGGAGACUGCGGCCCACCUCCAGACAUUCCUAAUGCCAGGCCAAUCUUGGGCAGACACUCCAAGUUUGCUGAGCAAAGCAAAGUGACAUACUCAUGUAGUAACGGCUUUAAACAAAUUCCAGACAAGUCAAACAUAGUGGUCUGUCUUGAAAAUUCCUGUUUCUCUAUUGUCAUGUUAACUCUUUUAGAAUCAUGUGAUGCUCCAGAAAGACUGAGUUUUGCAUCCCUCAAAAAAGAGUACCUCAACAUGAAUUUUUUCCCAGUUGGUACUAUUGUGGAAUAUGAGUGUCGGCCAGGAUUUCGAAAACAACCUCAACUCCCAGGAAAAUCAACUUGCCUUGAGAAUUUAGUAUGGUCUCCAGUUGCUCAGUUUUGUAAAAAAAAAUCAUGCCCUAAUCCUAAAGAUCUGAAUAAUGGUCACAUCAACAUACCAACUGGCAUAUUAUUCGGUUCAGAAAUAAACUUCUCAUGCAACCCAGGGUACAGGCUAGUCGGUGUCUCCUCUACUUUCUGUUCUGUUACAGGAAAUACUGUUGACUGGGAUGAUGAAUUUCCAGUGUGCACAGAAAUACAUUGUCCAGAGCCACCAAAAAUCAACAAUGGAGUAAUGCGAGGGGAAAGCGACUUUUAUACAUAUAGCCAGGUGGUCACCUAUUCAUGUGACAAAGGCUUCAUCCUGGUUGGAAAUGCUAGCAUUUAUUGUACUGUGAGCAAGUCUGAUGUAGGACAAUGGAGCAGUCCACCACCCCAGUGCAUAGAGAAAUCCAAGGUCCCAACGAAGAAACCAACAAUUAAUGUUCCAAGUACAAGAGUCCCAGCAAUGCCUCAGAAACCCACCAGAGUUCAUGUUCUAAGUACCAGAGUGCCACCAAUGUCUCAGAAACCCAGCAUGGUUAAUGUUCCUGAUACAAGAGUCUCACCAAAACCUCAGAAACCUACAAAAGCAAAUAUUCCAGCAACCCCGAAUGUACCUGUUACCAAGACAACGGUACGUCAUCCAACAAGAACAUCUUCAAACAAAGGAGAGCCUAACUCAGGUGGCGACCAUUUUAUAUAUGGACAUACAUGUUUAAUAACCUUGACAGUUUUGCGUGCGAUGCUAUCACUCAUUGGCUAGUUGACAUAGCCAACGAAGAGUUAAGAAGAAAGUAUAUACAACUACUGAUAAUACUUCUAGUUUGUUAGACUAUCCAAGAAGAAUGGAUACAAUAAAUUUAAUAGUGUUGUUUGUUCUGCAUGCUGUCAUUGUCUUCAAGAUGUGUUAGAAAUGUUAAGAAAGCACGAAGAAAGUUUGUUUGGUAUGGCAUUUGUGAUGCAUAUAAGUCUCUUGGAAAUAUUUCAAAACUAGACAAAUUCACAACAUUGUAUGGUCUCUUUUCUAAAAAGUGUGGGAAAGUGUAGAAAAUUUUCAGACUAGUAUGGUAAUAUGGGGAGAGGGAAAUCAUGAUUUCUUUUGCUAGAUCUAUCCUGUUAGUCUAGCUUACAAUUAAAAUAGGAAGCUAAAACAUACUGAUUAGAUUGCAAAAGUAAUCCAAAGUCCCCAAACAAAAUUUCUGUUCUUGUAAGCAGAAUCGCCACAGAGGUGGCACAUUCUAAUUUAACCCUUGACCUGAAGAUGUUUUCAUUUCUACUUUCUAUGAAAAUGAGUUGGCUAAAUGUUAUAAAGGAAGACUAUGCUAACAAUCCUGCCGUAGGAUGGGAAAUAGCUCACUUGAUACAGUGCUUGUCCCACAAGCCUAAAUCUCUGAGCUCCUUCCUGAGCACACAGUUAUAAUAAUCCCAGUACUUGGCAGAUGAAGGCAAGAAGAUCAGAAGUUCAAGGUCAUUCUGGGUUACCUGAUGAGUUUCAGGCCAACAUGGGAUACCUGAGACUCUGUAGUAACAAACAAACAAACAAACAAACAAACAUCAUCGAUGGAUGGAUGGAUGAACAGGUAUAGAUAGAUAGAAAGAAAGAAAGAAAUGAAGAAUGUUGAACCUUUUGACUUAGUUGAUGGCAAAUUAAGAGGAUGUGGUUGGAGACCACCUUUAGUAAUUUACCUGUAAACACACAGAUCUGAGUCAGGAAUAGUUCACUGUAUUUAAGAAGGAUACACUGCAGUUUGCUCUCAGGGAAAUCUUGUUUUGUUUUCACCCGUAAAAAUGCUUUCGGAAGGUAUCUUCACAGACUGAUCAUUUGUAUAAUAGUGUCUGAUGGUAUCGUAACAUCUAUAUAUGAACAGGUUUUGUACUUCGGACAUGGCAUGUUCAUAGCCAAAUUGUAAAUCAUAUUCUUUUGUAAUAUUAAGAUAAACCUAUUUAUAUUUAUUUAUAGCAGUAAACAUUUUAGUUUUAAAUGUAUAUCAAGA